AUGGGCCUCGGCGCACCAUCGGCUGCGUUUGGGCAGUGCGGAGGAGGGGCGCCCGGAGCGGGGAUGCCGGGCAUGCCGGGCGGGGGCAUGGCCGGAGGGGGCAUGCCGGGCAUGCCGGGCGGCAUGGGGGCCGGCAUGGGCUGCGGUAUGGGAGGCGCCCUCAUGGGCGGGCUUGGCGCCGGGCAGGUACCAGCGCCGGUGCCGGUCGGCAGCUUGGCGCGGAUGGCCCAGCCUGGCGCGCCGGCAGGAGGCAGCCUCCCGAACCUGGCAGCGAUGCGCUCCGGCGGCGCCGCUCCCGGCGGAGGCGCGGCGCCGGCAUUGCCCGCAGGCUGGGUGUCUGGCCGCGACCCGCACGGCCGCACGUACUACUACCACGCUGCGACAAACACGAGCCGGUGGGAGCCUCCGCCGGCAUCGCCUGUCGACCCGAAGAGCGGCGUCACCUACUACUGCAACCCGACGCUGAACGUGACGCAGUGGGAGUAUCCGACUGCCUGA